AUGCAGAAGUCUAUCGUUGAAAGGAUAUUUCCUGGAACCAAACGAACUCCUUUUCCUCAAUAUGAGCAACGAAGCACCGACUACCACGAUGAAAUAGAUUCGAGAACCUCAUUAAGCACACAUGCGGGCAACGGACCAGGCAGCGUCACGUCGAGAAGGUCACGAAGGAGUAGUAAUGAGCACAAUCAGAGUCAGAGUCAGUCAGUUGUUCAGACUGUGCCUUCGAGCGCGUCAAUCAUUCACUACGAUGAUCCUUACCUGGCAGUAGAUAGAGCUGCUGCGACUCUCCAAAGGACAAUUCAGUCCUUACUCGAUUUCCAGAGCCAAGCGCUAAGCGGACGCCAUAACGACGGCUCAACAUCAGCACAGUCGACAGCCGAGCACUCCUCAUUUCUCUCAAUCGAUGCACACCCGCAAUUCCAAGUGACUCCGGUCCGCCAGCCUCGAAAGCAGCGGAUUACGCUUCAAGGUGCCAGGAGAGGCAUAGCAAGGAGUAUGCAAGACUUUGCAGGAGUUAAAGAUGAGGAGCUUACAAUCACUAAAGGCGAGCUGGCUCAUCGUGAGAUGGCACUAAGUAAGGUCUCUGAGUUUCAGGUGCAAAAGGAGGCGAUCGAACACGAAAUCAGGACCUUGAACGAACGUGCCAAGGGCAGCGAAUCGCGUGUCUUGCGUGAGCAGGCCACGGCCAUUGAACGAGAGGUGCUCGAGCUAGAAAAUCGUAUCAUGGAGCUCAAGGCACAACAAAGACACCUAGUUGGUAGGGCCACUCAAAUAGAGAAUGCUGCUGCGAGCGAGUUAAGCUCAUACGAAGGGACCCUUGCUGCGAUUGAGAGGGACACCAGAUUGUUUCUACGACGACCUCCGGUCAAGCAAGGUCUUGGUCGCAAGAAUCUUGAUUCAGCUGAGCCUAGCCAGGAUAUGUAUGCAUUGAGGCCAGAAAGACGCACGUUACAGCUUGCCAAAGAGCAGUGGGUUAGUGAGCUCGAACUUCUCAAGGCUCACCAGAUGGAUGUUGAACGAGAGCGUGAUGCUUUGCUUCAAGGCAGCAAGUUGUGGAAGGAGAGUAUCCUGAAGGUCAACAACUUCGAGCAGGGAUUGCGAGACAGGAUGAGAUCAGGAGACGCAAGCCUAUCAUCCGACCUCGUUAGCUCGUUGAACACAACUAUGCACUUUCUCCAGUCAAACUUGGAAAUGGCGAAAUCUCGCAAUUGGAAUUUGCUCAUAUGUGCUAUUGGGACUGAGCUUGAAGCUUUUCAGCAAGCAAAGGAUUUGCUCAUGCCCGAACAAUUUCAGCAAGACCCUACAAGUUUUAAUGGUCAGACCACUAAUGAUCACAACCACAUUGACGAAGAAAUUGGCGAUCUACCCCAUGCCGACCUGCUGACAGCGGGACCAGACAAGAACGCCUUUGAUACUCUACGAACACCUGCGAAAAGUUCUCUCUCAGACACAAGCAGCAAUGAAAGUCUCAAGGCAACGUUGAAAUACCUUGCGCCUGCAAUUCCAGGAGAAUCAACGUCCCUAAGCAAAGCCGCACUGGAUACCCAAGGGAAACCAAGUCAAGAGUCCGACCAUCACCAGACUAGUUUUUCUGAAAGCGAAGAUGACGGACCUGGACCAGACUUCCUGAUUUCACAUACGGAUUGA